GCGCAAAACUUCCGAUCCCCCUAGAACACGACGCGGCUCCACCGGCCGACGGUGAGGAAGAGUAGGGAAGAUGGCGGCGGCGCGGGGGCAAAAGACGCUGGCGACGCUGGUGAAGUCGCUGCGGAGCGGGCCUAUCUCCAACUCCAGCGCCCCCAGGCUCAGGCACCUCCCGUCUCUCAGGAGGACCUUCUCGCUCUACGACCAGAUCAACCUCAUCGACAGCGUCCCCGAAGACCAGCUCCGCUUCCAAUCUUACGAUGACACUGGAUUCAAUAUCAACAAUGUAAAAUAUGAAGGGAGCUUACUGAUAGUUGAAAACAAGAUAAUGACCUGGACACCCAAAACAUUUGCAGAUAUAACUGCUGAAAGUCUAUCGAUCUUCAAAGUUGUGCACCCAAUCCCAGAGAUUCUGAUUCUUGGUUGCGGGAAAUACGUCCAGCCAGUCAGCCCUGAGCUGCGCAAGUUCAUUCGGUCAACCGGGAUGAAACUGGAAGCCAUUGAUUCGAGGAAUGCGGCUUCGACGUACAACAUUCUGAACGAAGAGGGGAGGCCAGUCGCGGCUGCAGUUCUCCCGUUCGGGGUCGACUCUUGAUACGCCAUCACAAACGUUCUUGUGUUCUCCUUCAGGUCAAUAGAGCUGACAUGAGUCCUCUCCUGUACUGGCAUCGAAUUCUGUAGCAACCGAUGCCAAGCGUUGUUGGUGCCCGCUCCUUUUGUCCCCUGAGAAAAAGUUGCCUUGGUUGUGACUUGUGAAGCGCAUAUCCUCUUGGUCUUGUAAUCGUGGGAAAAGGGAAAAAACAAGAAUCACCUAGUGUGCAUCAGAAUAACCGAAUAAGGAGGGCGAGCCCGACUGUGUUUUUUGUGUUA